AUGCAUUACCCAUUCGUCCUCAUUAGCACCCUCACCACCAUCGCCUUCGCCGCCCCUGCUCCCCCGAACUUGCGCUCAACACAUACGACCACAACCACCACCACUACUACUACGGCAACCUUGAACAAGCCUACUACACAUAUCGGAACACCUCAAAUUGCACACGUUCCUAUUACCAUUCCUGAUCAACGGCCCCCACACCAAGUCAACCCAAACCUCCGCCCAGUCUACACCCCAAUUGCUCGACCCGGUCCCGGUAUCGAGCCCGGUCGCAAUCCGUUAUUUGCACGCAGUCAGCGAGAGGACAAAGUCAAGCGCGAUGACCCCCGGGAUCCGGCGAUUGUCGCGGUACUCAGCAGUAUUGCGGAGGGUGUCAAGAAGCAGCAGCAGCAGCAGCAGCAUACACGACGUGCCGAGCAACUUUCGGAUCCCCCCGUUCAUGAUACUGCUCGUCCGGCGCACUCCAUUACCUGGAUAAAUGAUCCGAUGGAAAUAAUUGGCCGUCGCGCAGUGGAUAGUGAGGUCUAUGACUCGGAGAACGCUCUUGAUGCGCCCGAUUAUCCUCUUCAGCGGAAGGAACAGCGUGCGUUGGAUGAAGAAGGUGAUAGUAUUGUUCCGGAGGGUAACGGAUGGACGCUUCUACAGCAGAGGGGGCUUGAUGUGCCCGAUUAUUCUCUUCAGUGGCAGGACCAACAUACGUUGGAAUCGGAUGAAGGGCGUGAUAGUCUUGUUCCGGAGGGUAACGGGUGGACGCUUCUACAGCAGAGGGGGCUUGUGCAGCGUGACGAUGUUGAUGAUAAAGAUGAGGAGGAAUACAAUACUGCUAAUGUAAUAGCAGAUGUGCAGAGAAGGGGGUAUGUGCGGCGCAAUGAUGGCGACGAUGAGGAAAUUAGGACUGUUGGUGUGAUGAGGGAUGUGAUGCAAAAUGCGCAGUAA